AUGAAAAGUGUCUAUGAUAAACAAGUUAAUGAAGUGAUUGAAAAUUAUGAAAAAUUAAUUAAAGUAGGAGGGUGUCUAAGACUUAUUUUAGAAAAUAAUAAUUAUUUGUUAAUUACGAGUAUUAAUGAGAUAAUUAGAUUUUCUUAUAUAAUAUUAUGGAUACCUAAUUUUUCUAAUGAUUUAGUUAAAAACAGUAAUUAA